UCAUCAGACUGGAUCUCUCUGACCAUCAUGAACAUCACAAACACAGACUCUGGAGAAUAUAAUCGAGUGUUACUCAACAGCAGCGGCGGCAGUGGAACAGUCUUCAGUGUUACUGUUAAUGUUUUUUUCAUUGUUGAUACAGAUAGAGGAUCAGUGUCAGUGAUGGAAGGAGAUUCAGUCACUCUACUGACUGGCAUUCAAACAAAUCAACCAGAAAUGAUUAAAUGGUAUUUUAAUGGCUUUCAAAUAGCUGUAAUCACUGGCGAUCUCAGUUAUACCUGUACAGAUGUUCAGUGUAAAGAUGCUGAUGAGAGAUUCAGAGACAGACUGAAGCUGGAUCAUCAGACUGUAUCUCUGACCAUCAUGAACAUCACAAACACAGACUCUGGACUUUAUCAACUAGAGAUCAACAGCAGAAGAGGCUCAAUCAGUACAUUCAGUACAAGGAUCUUCAUUGUUGUUGUAUCUGGUGUUUCUGCUGCUGAACGAGAUGAAAUAAAGAGAAAGUCAGUGAAGGAGGGAGAAUCUGUCACUUUAGAUCCUGAUGUAGUAAAAAACCUAAAUGAUUUAAAGAUGUGGUAUUUUAAUGAGAUUCUCAUCGCUGAAAUCACUGGAGAUCAGAGUAAGAUCUGCACAGAUGUUCGGUGUGAAGAGAGAUUCAGAGACAGACUGGAGCUGGAUCAUCAGACUGGAUCUCUGACCAUCACAAACACCAGAACCACUGACUCUGGAGAUUAUAAACUAAAUAUCACCAGCGGCAGAUUCAGCAUCAAGAGGAGCUUCAGUGUUUCUGUCACAGCUGACCGGACAGGAAUAUAUGCUGCCGUUUCUGCUGUUCUGAUGUUCUUGGUUGCAUCUGCUGGUUUAAUUUACUUCUGCAAGUGCCAUUCAAGAAGGAAAUACAUCAAGACACAGCAAAGUCAUCAGUCAAACGCUGUUGAAGACUCAUCCUCAAAUCAGUCUGUGGAGGCAAACACUCCUCAUGAAUCGUCAUCAAAUCAGACUGAGUCUGAGGCGGCCAGUGAGACAUUAACAUAACCCUGUUUUUUAUUUUGAUAUUUUCAUUGAAAAAAAACACGGAGAGGAGUUGGGGAAACGAGAGAAGUGGAUAAAGCUAUCAUUACUCAAAGAGAAAUAGCUUAUUAUAGAUCUAUCUUAUUAUAUUACAGAUUUAGAUUUCCAAUACCAGUAAUUAAACACUAAAGAAAACUAUAUCAACAUGCAGAAUUGUUGACAAAAAGACAAGACUAAAAUUAAGUUUUAAUUUAUUAAAAUCCUGUUUUAUUUUUUCCCCAAACAUUUGAAUGAGAAAUAUAAUAAAACAUGAAUUUAGAUUUUGAACAAACUAAUCAUGAUGAUCAGAUAAACCAUGCAGCGAGACUAAAUGUCAUGUUUUCUUUUGCUAAAAUUAGAAAACUAAAAC